AUGACCUCCCCCAACAGCCCGUGGCGACCCAGCUCCACCGAUAACAGCAACACCAGGAUCGACCCUACUCAGCUCGCGCAGGCCAUGCAGGCCACAACCCCCUCUCCUCGAGGAACACAACCCAGAGACAAUCCCCCCUCGCUCUCCCUGUCGGCUGGACCGUCGUUCCCUGCAGCGCCCUACUCCCCCAUCGCCACCACAACGUCGUUCACGAACGGCGGGGUCGAUGUGGGGAACUUCAACAACAACGGGAAGGAGCUUAGCAAGAAGGAGGCCAAGAAGCAGGCCGCCGAGGCCAAGAAGCGGGAGAAAGAGGAGAAGAAGCGGUUGAAGAAGGAGGCCAAGGAGAAGGAGAAGGAGGCCAAGAGGGCGGAGAAGGAGAGGAGGAAAACCGUGGGUUCAGCAGGACGCAGAGGCAGCGCCAUCUCGGUGUCCUACAACUCGGUGCUGCCCUACGGCGGCCGGCCCGUGGGCGACUUGGGCUCCAGCGGCAACGUCCAGCUGCCCCAGACGCCCCUCUACUCCCCAUCCGUCACUGGCGCCCCGCUCAUCCCCCAGCCCCUCUCCGGAGGCACCUCGCUGCCCCCGCACGCCGCCCGAGCACUCGGCAGCUUCUCCGACGGGCCGCUCAACCUGCCCCCGCCACCCGUGGACUGGCCCUCGAACAGCGGCUCGGGCGGCUUCCUGAUGCCCGACGAGCCGCCCCCGAUGUUCAGCGGCUCGAGCUUCUUCGGCGCGCCACUGCCAAUGGACCUCCCGCCGCCGCCCAUGGACUUUGGCAUGAACAUUCCGCCGCCGCCGAUGCAGGGCCUGAUCCCUCCGCCGCUGGCGUUUGUGCCGCCGCCGCCGCUGUCGGACAACGGCCUCGAUCUCCACACGACCCGCCGCCACCCCCGAUGA